AUGGAGGACGACGGCGCUGCUUACGGCGCUGAAGAAGCCGAACUCGAGGCUGCGCUGGUCAGAGAACUCGAAGAGGCUGAAAGAGAUGCCGUCAAGGGCGGGGAUCACGAGAUGGAAGGGGGCGAAGAAAGUGCAGGCAAGGAAGACGAGGAAGAAGACAUCUCCGAUGCGGAGAGUGAGGAUAUCGAGGACGAAAGUGACGACGAAGAGGACGACCUUGACGAGGAAGAUGGUGGAGAUCGCGAUGAAGACGUUGAAAUGGGUGAUGACACUGAACCGAAAGAUACUAACACCGCCCCCGGGCAUCAUCAACAGCAGGACAUCAUGGUGCACUAA